UACACCCGGGACGAUCACCUAGCGGUUAUCUACGAUCGUCUUGGCCCGUUCCCUAUUGAUUUCGUGCGACGUUGCACGGACGGUCAGGGGCUUGUUGAUAGCCAAGAUGCCGUCGCAGGAAUUCCUCGCUCUAACGAACACGGCGCCAUCGGGCAAGGUUCUCUCGAGAAAAGGGUCGCAAGCUCCUGCCAAGACUUAAGCACGCAGGACGUUAGCGACCUCUGCCGCUUCUUGCGCAAGUGCUUCACUAUUGAUCCAUUAGUUAGGCCUACGGUCUCCGAGUUGCUCGCGGAUGCUUGGCUCACGCCUUGA